AUGACUCUCCAUUCUGUUUUAGGCAACAGUGAACAAAAUUCAGAAAGCAGUGUUGAUGUUGAAAACUGCGCUGAUAUGAACUGGGAUGAGCUUGGAUUUAGUCCAGUUCCGACAGAUUUCAUGUAUGUCAUGAAAUGUGCAAAAGGAGACGAGUUUUCCCAAGGAUCCCUCGUUCCCUAUGGAAAGAUAGAGUUCAGCCCUUUUGCCACGAUAUUAAACUAUGGACAGGGAAUCUUUGAGGGGCUUAAGGCAUAUAGAACUGAAGAUGGGCGUAUACUUCUGUUUAGACCUGAGGAGAAUGCCCGACGAAUGAAGAUAGGGGCAGACAGAUUAUGCAUGCCAUCCCCAUCCGUAGACCAAUUUGUUACUGCUGUAAAACAGACAGCUGUUGCCAACAAACGUUGGGUGCCUCCGCUAGGGAAAGGGUCACUGUACAUUAGGCCAUUGCUCAUGGGAACCGGAGCUUCUUUAGACGUGGCUCCUUCACCUGAGUACACACUACUUAUUUAUUGUUGUCCAGUCACUAACUACCACAAGGGUUCACUAAACUUGAAAGUGGAGAGUAAGUUCUAUCGAGCAAUAUCUGGCACUGGUGGGACCGGAGGGAUCAAGAGUGUUACCAACUACGCCCCUGUUUAUGCUGCAACCACUGCAGCGAAGGCCGAUGGAUUCUCUGAUGUCUUAUUCUUGGACUCAGCAACUGGAAAAAACAUAGAAGAGGUUGCUGCAUGCAAUGUGUUUGUUGUGAAGGGUAAUAGUAUCUGCACUCCGGAAACAAAUGGAGCCAUCCUGCCUGGGAUCACACGAAAAUCCAUCAUUGACAUUGCCUUAGAUUUGGGCUAUCAGGUCAUGGAACGUGCCAUAUCAGUGGAGGAAAUGCUAGACGCUGAUGAAGUGUUCUGCACAGGGACUGCUGUUGUUGUCAACUCUGUUUCAUCUGUAACCUACAAGGAAACAAGAGUUGAAUUCAAAACAGGACCAGAAACAUUGUCCCAAAAGCUGCGCAAAACACUGGUUGGAAUUCAAACUGGGUGUAUUGAGGACACAAGGGGGUGGACAAUUCGAAUAGAUUGA